AUGAUGCGAAUUUCAAUAAUAUGUGCGACUGAUCUAGUUGUUUCUAUAAGUAAUAAGUCUGGUGAGUAUCCAUCUGCUAUCAUUAUUUUAGGGGAUUUAGUACAAACUGAAAAAGCAGCUAGAAACACAUCAGAUUCAAAGAAACGAGGUAUUUUAGAACGUGAAGUAGAAGAUCUUAUAAAUGGAAUAAAUGCCUUGGAAGCAAGUCCGGAGUUAAAAGCUGCAGAAGAAAGAAACCUUGAUACCACCGAUAAGUAUUUCAAUGCGUUAAAUGAUCACCUUGAAAUAUUGAAAAAUCUGGAAAUUCAAAGAAUAGAUGUCCUUGAAUUACUUUCAUCGAAAAAAAGAAUACAAAUGUACGAAAGUAUACUACAAGAAGAAUGUUGUGUUGAUGUUGUUCUUGGAAUAAAACGUAAAUAG